AUGGAUUCUAAUAGGAUAGAACAUCCAUCAUGGUUUAAUACAAGACAGAUUGAGUCUGAUUUAUAUUUAACAACAGAAGAUUAUUAUUAUUACGGCAAUCGUUCGAAUAGCUGGCUUAUACGUGGAACAAGUCGAGAUGUUAUUAUUGAUACUGGUCUCGGUCUGUGUAAUUUAAAUAAACAUUUAGAAAAACUUGGAUUAUUAGAUAGUAAUCGCCAAUGUAUUGUUAUUUGUACACAUUCUCAUUUCGAUCACAGUGGUGGUGCACACCAUUUCAAUAAUGUACUAAUUCAUCAAGGUGAUUAUGAAGGAUUGAGUACUGGUGACGAAUCAGCAACACUAAACUGGUCUCGUCCAUCACAUUAUCAUGCUCAACCAUAUGCAGAUUUCUCUGCAGAUCAAUAUAAAGUUCCACCAACAAAAUGUACGCCUAUUGAGGACGGUCAUCGAAUUAAUCUUGGUGCUAAUGAUGAUGACAUAGAAAUAAUACAUGUACCUGGUCAUACACCUGGUAGUAUUGUUUGCUAUUACCCAAAGAAAAAGGCUUUAUUUACUGGUGAUUUCGUUUAUGAAUGUGAAAAUGGUAAAUAUCUGUAUGAUCAUUUACCAACAUCAUCAAUUCAUGAUUAUUUAAAAAGUGCUGAGUAUAUGAUUGAUUGGUUAAAUAAGCAUAAGGAAGUAGAAAAAUUUUAUCCCGGACAUUAUGAGACACUCAAUAGAAUGCGUUUUGAAAAAUUAUUGGAACAAUAUAUUUAUUCAAAGCAAUAG